GCCUCGAUAUGGACUGUUGCCAGACAGCCAUGAUGACGAUGUCCAGAAACAAGAUCAAACCGGCGGACAGCCUUGACGCAAAGCUAAACAAAAACAAAGCAUAUGCAGAUCCCCAGUUCAGACAGAUAUCCGCACAAGACCAAUUCUUCUCUUCGUGGGAGGGAAACAGGUUUCGAGUUCACAAGAUACUUGCAAUCUGUAUCUUGUGUUCCCUGGUGAUCGUUGUGGUACUGGUCAUCGAGAUGGCGACCGAUGGUUCCGCACUGGGCAAAUGUUCACUUCAGGUAUCCUGUUUCCAAACCUUCUUUGACGUCGUGGAAAUACUGGACAACAUUUCCAUGUCGCGUGAUUACAACUAUAUAUUUAGUGUUAACAAUUGUUCAAGUGGAAACAUUGAAUGUGACAGUUUACAAAACGUCUCCUUUCUGGUUGCAAGUGACACUGUGUGUAACAGGAUAGCAAAUGUGAACCAGCGCUCACAGUGUAGGACGAUGUACGCCCUGUCUAACAGAGACUACUACACAACGAAUAGUACUGAUGCAUUUCACCAGGCAUACACGGAUGCAACGGCUUCCUAUAUGCCUUGUUUCUCUGACGCCACAUUUCUUCCAUGGACAAUACCUGCAACAUACAAGACACUUCUAACCAUGUUUAACGCCGUCAAUAAAGAAUUGGCAUCAUGUUUGACUUUUCGUACUACCUCCACCGCAAGUACACAGCUUACAACAGCCAAGUCUUUAUUGUUAUCAUCUCUAGGCACCCUCAGGGAGUUGGUUAAAGGAGAAUCAGAAACUCUGAAUGCAAUUCUAUUGAAUUUGUUUGGUAACUUUGAAUACGAUUGUUUCCUGGGUAACUUAACAUCCAUUGAGGUGUAUGACAUCCGGAAAACAGCUUGUUUACACAUUCUGACUUCAAAACAUAGUUUAGAACGAUAUUUACUUUCCUUGCAGUCUGAGGAAGUAGGUUCAUUGACUAGACGUGUUAUAUUGUGGUGCAUUGCGUGUGCUGUGGCUUUGGGUAUGGCUGCUGGAAUAUCAUGCAGAGUUAAGAAAAUGGCGGACUGGAUCUACGACUAUUCAAAAAGCUUAGAGCAAAAGACCAAUGAACUUAACGAGGAGAAACGGAUGACGGAGAAUCUGUUGUAUCAAAUGUUACCAAUCUCUGUGGCCAAUAAGUUGAGGAACAAAGAAAGUGUCAGUGCAGAGUGGUUUGACUCGUCCACAAUAUUUUUCUCGGAUAUUGUUGGGUUUACGACCAUCUCAGCUCGAUGCACUCCGAUGCAGAUUGUUGAGAUGCUGAACAAUCUGUACUCUCUGUUUGACUCCCGUAUCGACAUAUACGACGUGUACAAAGUGGAGACAAUUGGCGAUGCGUACAUGGUGGCCAGUGGACUUCCUGUCAAAAAUGGAGAAAAGGUAUAUUGGAAAUUAUUUUUGCUUAAUAUAAUUUUGUUUAACUGUGUUUAUUUCGACUAAUGCUGGGAGGGAGUGUGGUGGCCCAUACGAAAACUAGAAAUGUUAACAUGAGCAAGGUUUUGACAGUGAGUGCAAUAAUUUUGCGUCACACUGUUAUCCACACACACACACACACACACACAGACACACACACACACACACACAGACACACACACACACACACCCCUCUCUCUCUCUUCCCCGGCAUAUAUAAUGUGGGGGGAUAUAGUCGACGCCUCGUCUGCCCGUCCGUCAAUAAUCAUUUCGUUUCCGGGGCGUAACUUUAACACAGUUCUUUUGUUUUUCAGCAAAAAUGUGUGGGUUAUUGGUGCCAGCCAUUUGCCAUAUAUUUUAUCAAAUGAAGUUGACGGAUAUAACGAACAUGUUUAUAACUAAAUAACUGAUAUUAUGAACCCAUCUUGUCGUCCCGUAUGUCAACGAUAAUGUUCAAGUGUAUAACAAACAGUUAAUUCCUGAGCUGAGCUCCUCACGUGUAAUCCAUCUGCCUGUCAAUACAUCCGCGGCCAAGCGCUGCUGUUCGACGCGUCAAUAAACAACUGAAGGCAAUUGAUUUACUCUUAAGUACUGACACCAUGUUCUUAAAAUACACCCUCAAUUAACAAUAGUAGCACAGUGAUUGAACUGGAUAUAUUCUGUACAUGUACAGAGCACACCUUUGUUAUUAGUCGAGUAAUAUGAAGUCACAUGACUUGAUAAAAGAUGUCAGACGGUCGAAAUGUGUAUAACGAACAACGGAUACAACGAACAAAAAAUAGUGGUCCCUUUGCGUUCGUUAUAAGCGUAAAUUACUGUAUUUUCUUUUUCUCGAUGUCCAUAGAAACAAUUUGAACUUAGUCUCAAAUGUGGGGGUAUCUGUAGUGGAAAACUGUGAAAGACUUUUCAUUGAAACCUGGGCUGAAGUGGUGCCUUUUGCAAUUUAGAAUUUUUUUUAUCAUUUUGUUCAUUUUUCCAGUGCAUCAACUUUGAUUCUGUUCAUAGUGGUGUGUUUGGCCGGACCAUAUCUCUCAAACUAGUAGGUAUUCUUUCAGGACACUGUGCACACACACAGAUCAACUUGUCAAAUGGUGCCUUUUGCUACUUAGUUGUGUUUAGAAUUUAUAUUUUUUUCCGUUACCAUUGCAAGAAGCUUGACUUUGUCUCUGUUCAUAGUGGUGUUUGUGCGGACCAUAUUUCUAAAACUAAAGGUGCUCUCGAUUGCAAUUGAAACUGUGCAGACACAAAUACCAGAUUGUCAACUGCUGUCUUUUGCUAAUUAGGUAUUU